GCGGAGGUAACGAAGACGGGGGCAGGCUGGGUCGUGCGCGGGGAGACGGGAGCGAUCCCCGCGGCAGGCGGGGCUGUCUGUCUGAGAUGGCGGGCCGGCUGCCUCGCUCUGCGGACUUAACCCGCUUCUGCCAGAAGCUCAACCGGGUGAAAACUCUGGAGGAUGACAUGAUGGAGACGACCUUCAACAGAUGCCUCUCCACCGUUGACCUGACGCUGCUGGGCAUAGGGGGCAUGGUUGGCUCUGGGCUGUAUGUCCUCACGGGCACAGUAGCCAAGGAGAUUGCUGGCCCUGCUGUCGUUGUCUCUUUCAUCAUUGCUGGCUUUGCCUCUCUGCUGGCAGCUCUCUGUUAUGCCGAGUUCGGUGCCCGGGUGCCUAAGACAGGCUCCGCGUACAUGUUCACCUAUGUCUCCAUGGGCGAGAUCUGGGCCUUCCUGAUUGGCUGGAAUGUGCUCCUGGAGUACAUGAUCGGGGGCGCUGCGGUGGCGAGGGCGUGGAGUGCCUAUCUGGAUUCCAUAUUUAGUCAUAAAAUAAAAAAUUUCACUGAGACCCACAUUGGCACAUGGCAGGUACCGUUCCUGGCACAGUACCCAGACUUCCUGGCAGCAGGUGUCCUGCUGAUAGCCACAGCAUUCAUCUCCUUUGGGGCCAAAGUGUCCUCCUGGCUUAACCACGUGUUCUCGGCCAUCAGCUUGGGUGUGAUCCUCUUCAUCCUCAUUAUGGGAUUCAUUCUCGCAGAUCCCAAGAACUGGAGUGUCCAGGAAGGCGGCUUUGCUCCAUAUGGGCUGUCGGGCAUCAUGGCAGGCACGGCCACCUGCUUCUAUGCCUUUGUAGGCUUUGAUGUCAUAGCAGCCUCCAGUGAAGAAGCCAGAAACCCCCAGAAGGCUGUUCCCAGAGCAAUAGCCAUCUCCUUGGGCCUGGCCGCGGGGGCCUAUAUACUGGUGUCCGUGGUGCUGACGCUGAUGGUGCCCUGGCACACUCUGGAUCCUGACUCUGCCCUGGCAGAUGCGUUUUACAGACGAGAUUACUCGUGGGCAGGGUUUAUAGUUGCUGCUGGUUCCAUUUGUGCGAUGAACACAGUUCUGCUGAGCAACCUCUUCUCCCUCCCCAGAAUUGUUUAUGCCAUGGCGGAGGACGGGCUCUUUUUCCAGGUGUUCUCCAGAGUGCACCCCCGCACGCAGGUGCCCGUGAUCGGGAUUGUGGUGUUUGGGGUGCUCAUGGCUCUGAUGGCCCUCAUCUUCGACCUGGAGGCCCUGGUGCAGUUUCUGUCCAUUGGCACUCUGCAGGCUUACACCUUCGUUGCAGCCAGCAUCAUUGUGCUGCGCUUUCAGCAGGAGAAGUCAGCAGCUCCCUCUCAGCCUGUCAGGAGCCAGCCCAGUCCUGAGCCCAGUGAGGGGGCUGGGCCCAGCGAACUAAAGGAAUACGAAUCCUUCUCAGACAAGCUGCAGCUGGUGGGCACAGACAAAGCCAAAGUGCACCGGGAGCCAGGGCAGCUGAAGGCAGCUUUCGAGCCCUACCUGGAGUUCCUCAGUGACUUCUACCCUGGGGAGGUGGUCACCAUUGCUGUGGUUACCUUGAUGGUGUCUGCCAUAUGCCUGUGCUCCAUCUUGGUAUUUGGCAACACCCAUCUUCACCUGCCCACCUGGAGCUACUCCCUGCUGCUGCUGCUCUUCAGCCUGGGAUUUCUGCUCAGCUUGCUUCUCAUUUUGGUCCAUGAGCAACAGCAGAGCACCAAGACCUUUCAGAUUCCCCUUGUGCCGCUCACUCCUGCGCUGAGUAUUCUCCUGAAUGUCUAUCUCAUGUUGAAGCUGAGCUACAUGACGUGGCUUCGAUUCUCCGUCUGGUUGAUCCUAGGCCUCCUGGUGUACUUUGGUUACGGCAUCUGGCACAGCAAAGAGAACCUGCGUGAGCCCACGUCCCGCAGUGUGAGCGCCCGCUAUGUGGUGUUCCCUAGCAGCAGCCUGGAGGAGACGGUGCAGGCGGUUCAACCCAACCCCCAGCCCUUGACGGAGCUGCCGGAUAUGGUGACUGAGGAAGCCAAGCGAUGAUGCGUCAACGGCGUAGCAGCCUCCCUGCGUGAAAAAGGACACCCACCACCCCCCUUUCCUCUGCCGAAACAGCUGCCGGGGCUGGGUAUUCCCUGAGCAAACUGGGCUCUGGAGGCAGGACGGUGAUACACACGCUUCCCCCUGUGCACUCACAGCAAAAGCACUAGGGAGGUGAUGGCUGCCUCCUUUCCCAUACCCUGGCACACAGGGAUCUGGCUUUUAUCCCCCUACGUCUAGCUCGUAGUAACGUGUAAGCCGCGUCUUCCCCAACUGCUCCACCCGAAUCCCCUGCCAAACCCACCACAACCCUUGUAACAACAGAGGGAUCACAUUUCAGCUCCACCACUCUGUGCCCUGCCUAUCCUGAAAUAGCGGGGGGCGGAUAACAGAGUCAAUGUGGCCAUUCCCACCAGAGCCCACUGUCUCUUCCCAUGGUCCAGGGUGUAUGAUGAAGGGUCUCUGGCAAACAGGCAAGAGGUGCCACUCAGGUCACAGGGGGCUGAGAGUCAGGACUUUAUCCUGGCUCUCAUAUGAACUCCUGGCCUCGGCUGAGUCCCUUCUCCCUAAACCUCAUCCCCAGCCGAGGGUGAUGCUUAAUGAGAUGGUGUGUGUAAAGCACUUGGAAUGUGCAAAGCACUACAAUUGCACAGUGUUAGGGCAUUUCUAUGCUAGCUUUUCUGGGGUUCUUGAUACAAUUGGGUGCUGAUCAGGCAUCUGCUGGCAUUCCCUGCCCUAGCCCAGGUCAGCAUGAAUCAUAGAAUCUCAGGGUUGGAAGGGACCUCAGGGAGGUCAUCUAGUCCAACCCCCUGCUCAAAGUAGGACCAAUCCCCAGACGGAUUUUUGUCCCUAAAUGGCCCCUCUCAUGGAUUGAACUCACAACCCUGGGUUUAGCAGGCCAAUGCGCAAACCACUGAGCUAUCCCCUUGAAGCUGCAUGUUCAAGCACCUAGUUCAGUGGGGUCACACCCAGGGCACAUUUGUGUGGUUCCAUUAUUCUAAAAGGCACAGAAAUGAGUGUGGUGCUGGGGUGCGGCCCAGGCCUUUGUACUGAGUGGGGCUGGCAAAGGUGAGGCUGAGCCGAAAACCUCUGGUUGUAAAUCCAUGGCCACACUGGGGCAAGUGCAGAGGGAGCAGAGAUUCCCCCUACCCUUUGUUAGCUAGUCCCAUGUGAAUGGUUUCUAGACAAUCACUUUACUAGUGCAGUGAAAUAGCGCAUUACUCUGGCUGUGCCCUCACUCGCUCAUCCCAAGCAGCUGGGCUGCCUGACCGCCAGCCUGACUCUCAUGUGCCCCCGGCCUCCCACGCGUAGCGCUCAGCCACACAGGACAGCUAGGCCCUGCCCGGCAGAGAGCGCGCUCUGAAAGCGAGUGGCAGCUCUGCGUUUCCGAGAAAGACCAGGGACGUGUGUCCUGAUGCAGGGCUGAACGAGCUUGCAGUGGCCUGGGGCUCUAUCCAUGUGACAGCUGCCUAUUCAAAUUUACAGCAGCCCUCCUGGGGCUGCCUCUCAAUCCCAUCCCCCCUGGUGAUACCGGGCCCCACAAGGGGCUGCUUUGGGCUCAGGCUCCUGUGCCCCUCAUCUUUUGCAGUUUCCUUGUGGCCCUACAGGCUGCUGUCACAGCACACAGGGAUGGGGGCAGGCCCUCGUGUCCCCUGCGCCCUUGCAGGCUCUAGCCCCUAGGCUGACCCUGCUCUGUUGCCAGCUUUCAUGUAAAUGAGGCUGCGGCCUCCCCCCGCAAAGCCAGCUUUUGGGCUCCCCUUUGCCUGGUGACAGGGUGAGGCCUUGCCCUGCAGAUCAGUUCAUUUCUGAGCAGAGAUGAAAGUAAGCCCGUCCGGUCCGCUCCGGCAUACCAGCAAGAGCCAGUACACUGUGCCGGACUGCACCGGUUUCCGCG